AUGCCAGGCGUAGACCACAGAUGCAGCGGGGAGAACGCCAACGACGUUGUUAUCCUUGGCUGCGGUAUCAUCGGCUUGUGCACCGCGUACUACCUCACAGAAAGUGGAAACACGGAUCCAAAGAGCAUUCACUUGGUUGAUUCGAGUCCGGAGCUGUUCCAGUGCGCGUCUGGCCUUGCUGCGGGGUUCCUCAGUGCCGACUGGUUCGCCCCAUCAGUAUCUUCCCUCGGCGCGUUAUCCUUCAAGCUUCACGCCGACCUUGCCAACGCACACUCUGGACGCACAACAUGGGGUUACUCGCAGUCAACCGGUAUCUCUCUUUCGCAAGACAGCGAAUCAGCCAUUGGCGGUAGCGGCGAAGACUGGCUUGAAAAUGGGACGAGUAGAGCACAAUUAGCGAACCACAACAAGCCUUGGGAAGAGCAGGCUGCCGGUCCGGAAUGGCUUCGGCGUACACAAGAAGGCAUCAUGGAGGUUAUAAGUCGGGAUGGUACCACAGCACAGAUCGAUCCCCUAAGGUUCUGCCAAUGGUUGCUGGAAGAGGUUAAAGAAAGGGGAGUGCAGAUACAUCAGCCUGCGAAGGCGACAGCGAUCAUCAAAGACGCAGAGGACGUGCUGUGUGGCUUGAAGAUUUCCACGAGCGACGACGCUGAGUCGGAAACAGAGUUACCUUGUACGCGUCUCGUCAUAACAUCUGGCGCCUGGUCUCCUCGUGUAUUUAGCACCCUCUUCCCUUCAUCGAAAACACGCAUCCCCGUCUCCUCCUUAGCUGGCCACUCGCUGCUCGUCCGAAACCCACACCACAGACCCGAAGAGCUCGACAAGGAAGUCUGCCAUGCAGUCUUCGCAACAGAUACGCUCGGCUUCUCGCCAGAAUGGUUUGCGAGACUGGGUGGAGAACUGUACUUGGCAGGGCUCAAUAGCACAAGCAUACCACUGCCAGAUUUUGCGACGGAUGUCAAAGCUAGUGAGAAGGCCGUUGCGCAGUUGAGAAAAUGCGCGAAAGCUAUGAUGAUGAAUGUUCCUGGAAAGGGCAUGGAGGUGUUAAGGGAAGGCUUGUGCUUCCGUCCAGUCACAUCUAGCGGCCGACCCAUCGUAUCGCGAAUACCAGACGGUAAGCUUGGAGGCAUCAAGACGAAUUACCGAGAGAACGGAGGUGUCUACAUAGCGGCCGGCCACGGUGCUUGGGGUAUAUCACAUGCGCCUGGCACCGGGCUUGUGUUGUCUGAGAUGAUACAAGGACGGGAAACGAGCGCAAAGAUUGAGGCACUGCAGUUACCAUCCAAUUCAAAGUUACUACAAUAUCCACGAACCCUGCCGAGGAGUUUGCUAUGGGCAAGAGGUGUGAUGAUAGUAACAGACUUUACGCCAUUCGCUAUGAUCUCUUGGUUCCCGCUCUAUAUCCUGAAAAGCCCGAGUUACAUAAGAGAGGUCCAGCAUGGCGGUAAAGUUACUCGACUUACUAUCGUUGAUGAUCUUGUUGCCGUUACGAGUGAUCUGUCUGCCCAAGCCGAGAAUUGCAUCAAGUUCGAAACCGCAUAG